CAAUAGAGCAACUCUGCUGCCUCAUUGAUCGAAGCCCAACACCAUCUCACUAGGCAGAAAAGAACGCUGUGAACGUGUCCAGGAAUGUCAUUGGCUGAGAAGUGUGGAUGGGGCGUGUCAAACCGUGCCUGCUCUGAGGCUCUUUUAAAAGCUUUGUUUUCGCAGCUGAGUUUUGCUGUAAUGCUUGACUUCGAGAGCGGAUAGACGCAACGUAGGGCAGUGCAGUUCAGCCCUUUGUUUCAUGAACAGAGUUAUUUUCUUGGAUUUUAACGUGAAACCAACGGGAAAACUGUAUCAACAACAAGAUAUCAAACCAUUGCUCAUUCGAUUGCACUGACUACUUGACAUAAUAAAUUACGAAAUCAUGCCUGAGAAAUUUUGUGGUAGCCUUUCUUCGGACGAUGGAAGUUUUCCUCCAUCGCCUUCAGCAGAGAGUGCCUCAAAGCGUCUGUCUUGGAGUAAACUCGUUCAGAAACUCACGGAGUUCAGCGGAACGCCGAGCACUGGUCAGAUGGACUCAGAUGCCGAGAGUGGAGAUUUGUCCGACUCAGGGUCCUUUGACGUACCUGACUAUCCUGACUCCGACUGGUUCCACGACCCACUGGAGGAGACUCUAAGAAAAGAAGUCGUUGCCUUAAUAGCUCGCCGUUUGAUUGAAGCCAAAGACAGCACUUUGCGGUGUAGCAAGCUGCUCAUACCAGAAAAACUUCUUGAACACAUUAGCCAGGAGCUCGUUCACCUGGCUGAGAGUGAGCCAUGUGGCCUCAGGGGGGCGCUAGUCGAACUGUGUGUGGAGCAGGGGGAUGCUUGCGUCAACAUGGGACAGAUACCAGCCGAUCCCUACGUUGUCCCAACGUUCCAGCUGACCCUGGUGCUGAGGUUGGACUCUGAGGGCCUGUGGCCCAAGAUCCAAGGACUCUUCAGCAACAAGUCUCAUGCAGCACCCGUUGUCAGGCACGCACUCAAACUGAGCACUGGCUUCCGGGUCAUCAAGAAAAAGUUCUACAGCUCUGAGGAGUUGCUGAUAGAAGAGUGCUGAUCAAGACCAUGUCAGAUUUUAUUGAACUAUACAGUAUACAGUUUAUAAUCUAUUGGUGGGAGAGAGGGGAGCACUGCUAAAUAACGCACAGCUUGUCAUAGUUCUUUAUGAUGAAAGAAUGUCUUGACAUGUAGAUGUUUCUGUCAUCUCUCGAGUCAUUCAGAGUUUUAAGAAAAGUCUAAUGCCCGGUUUUUUUUCCACUGGAAAUCUUUAUAUUAACAGUAUGGCUACUGUAAACAAAGACCACAAUAUAAGGUACACGUGUAUUUACACAUAUAGCAAGCAUGUAAGCAAAUAUAGCUUUUAACUGGGUUGCUGAGAUCCAGCGUAUUGCACUGUUUUCAAUCCAUUAUAUAGGAUGGGAAGUUGUGGUGCUCCUUUUUUGUGUGAUGUUUAUUACUCUGAAAACGUUUACCUCAAGUUUCUUAGGAAACAAGACCAGGACAGCAAGCUGUAUGGUUAUGAAGCAUGUAGCAUUUUUUAAGAAAAAAACUAUUACAUAUAUGCCUUUUUUAAUGUUCAAAACCUUUUUUUAAAUUUUAUACAUGUUGGGUUUUCUUUGUCAGUAUGCCUCUGAUGUUGAUGUUGGUGUUGCAUAUUUGCCUUUGUUUGUUGUUCACAUGUUUUUUGGUUCUUUUCUUCUUUUUUUCCCAGAAGGUUCUGACCAACUUGCAUUUUUCACAUGCGUAAUUUAUUUGAUAUUCAAAUACUUCCAUUGCACUGUUUUUGUACUUUCAUCAAAGAAAACUUCCGACAAUAAAUUAUUUUUAUGACUGAAA